GUGAAUGCUCGUUCUUGGCGCGCUCGCGGUGGAAAGCUGCGCGCUUCGCGAUGAUGCUCGCGCCGCAAUGCCGAUUUCUCCCAGUGUAUGGGACGCUGAUGCGCUGCCGUGGCCGGCUGCGCGGUGGAUUCAGGAUUUCUUGCGUGUCGGCUCUCCAUUUCUCGGGGCUUAACGACGAGCAGGAGGCGGCCGUGACAACCACAGAGAAAUGCGUGCGCGUUGUCGCGGGUCCGGGCUCCGGGAAGACGCUGGUUCUCACGCAUCGCAUUGUGCACGAGAUCAAGCACAACACAAUCGAUCCGGAAAAUAUUUUGUGCAUUACAUUCACAAACAAAGCUGCGCAAGAAAUCCGACACCGGAUUGGGUCCUUGGUGGGGAUUGAUGCUGCGAGAAAAAUCACGAUAUCUACGUUCCAUAGCUUUUGUACGAAGCUUUUGAAGCAGCUUCUUCCAGACAUAAAGCCCGAGUCUGGAUUAAGCCAGGCCUUUGUUAUCUAUGACGAAGCUGACUGUGAGAAGAUUCUCAAAGAUAUAUAUGUGAAGGUAGCUGAGGGUCACUUAUCCGAAUGCAACUCCGGUGCUUCCAAAUGGGGCCUUCUUAAUCUUUUCGGUGGCUUGGAAAUUUCCAGCCACACAUCCACCGAUAAAAAACCGGUUCACUUUCGCAUACCUUCGGAGGACUUGAAGCGAGGACUUUUUCUCAUGAGAUUAGCCAAAGGCUGGUACCUGGAGAGGUUUGUUGCGUUAAAGCGCUGCAAAGACCUUCCGUCCCGCCCGAAGGUUCUAACCGACGAUGUCAGCAAGCUUUUGCAUAUGUUUGAGGAACAUCUAAGAGCGAACAAUGCGGCUGACUUUGACGAUUUGAUCUAUUUGACGAUUAUGGAGCUUCAUCGGACUCCGUCAGCUCGAAAGAGGUUCGAGAAGCGAUGGUCUUACGUGCUUGUCGACGAGUUCCAGGACACAGACAAGGCCCAGUAUGAGCUUAUCCGUUUACUCUGCUCUGAAAAUCAAAAUCUUUUCGUGGUCGGUGACAUCGAUCAGGCAAUAUAUGGUUGGCGAGGUGCUGAGUCACGAAAUAUGCAAUAUCUCCUGGGUAACGACUUCCCGCAGAUAGCUACUUUUCAGCUGCGGAAGAAUUAUCGAUCAUCUAAGGCUAUUCUCAGUGCUGCUUCGAAAAUAAUCGGAAACAGUAUGAUGAGUCGUCGCAUUGGACAAUUAGAAGCUCUGAAGCCUAUCUCCAUUAAGCCCUGGACGGCACCUGUAAAGGUCUGCUGGCUGAGUGACCCCACUGAAGAAAGUCGUUUUGUUGCCGAUGAAAUCAUUCGAACCAGGAAAGAUAGAUGGAGCGACUGUGCGGUGCUCUAUCGAACUCACAGACAGAGUUUUCUUCUAGAAUCAGCAUUAAUCAAGGCAAAUAUACCAUACAAGCUGCUAGGAGCAACUCCACUGUUUUCGCACAAGGUGAUAAAGGACCUUCUCAGCUACUUGAAACUUAUUCACAAUAGUAAUGAUGAACUCGCUCUGGCACGUAUUAUCAAUACGCCACCUCGGGGAAUUGGUGAGAAAACAAUUUUCCAUCUCAAACAAUGGGCUUCGGAACGAGAUCUACCACUUUUCAAAGCGUUACUGAAACUCAAAGAGGAUGAUCCUGGACACAAGCACUUGGGAAUAACAGCGAAGGCAAAAACGGCAGUUUUGAGCUUUUGUGAGCUUCUAGAGUCGCUGACGAAGCUCAGUGAAAAGGAGUCCUCUGCUAACUUGCUUCAGGCUGUAAUUGACAAGACGCAGUUUAUUAAAUACUUGGAAGAGCACACGGAAGAUCAGAGGAUCUUUGAGAAAAGAUGUCAAGUCGUGGAACAGUUCAAGGAAAGCGCAGAUUCUGCCGAAGGCAAGCAUGGGAAGGGGCGUCGUGCCCUGGCCGGCUUCCUUGAAGACGUCAUGCUAAUAACCUCUGAUGACAAGGAAACGAACAAGGAACACGUUGGCUUGCUGACGCUCCAUGCCUCAAAGGGAAUGGAGUUUCCCUGUGUCUUCAUAGUCGGUGUCAAUGCGGGAAUCUUGCCACACGAAAACUCGGACCCCGAAGAAGAGCGACGGCUGUUCUACGUUGGAAUCACCCGUGCGAAAGAGCAGUUGUAUCUCACACACACUCAUUCUCCCGAGGCUCCCCACGAGAAAAGCUUUCCAGGCAGCCUGUGUAAGCGGCAAAGAAUGUCUGCGUUUUUGGACGAGAUUAUCUCCAGCGAGCCUGUGGAGUUGUAUCCCAAGUCGUGGACGGGGAAAUUCGCCCAAGGAAAAGCUCUGUCCAUGACAAGUUAGAGGUUGUUUUUUCAUGAACCAGGGACGACAUAGUUACUCGAAAGGUAUCAGUAGUUCAUAGACCAUGAGAGUGUAAAAUUUUAUCAAAGCGUCAACUUUAGAAGAAGCCUGAUAUGGAAUGAGGUGUAACUCCGAAAGUCCUCGAAGAUUAAAGGAUUGGACACAAAAGCUUGGAAGAA